AUGGCCUUACCAAACGCACUAUCUAAAUUACUUGUACCCGCUGCUAUUGGCGUCUCAUUCUUACAAUCCUCUAUCUACGACGUCCCCGGUGGCUUCAAGGCUGUCCUAUUCGAUCGUUUCUCUGGUGUUAAGGAUACUUCGACUAGUGAAGGUACUCACUUGCUCAUCCCCUGGCUACAAAGAGCAAUCCUCUAUGACUGCCGUAUAAAGCCUCGCAACAUCGCCACUACAACUGGUUCCAAAGAUUUACAAAUGGUUUCUCUCACUUUAAGAGUCCUUAGUAGACCUGAUAUUGAAAGACUGCCUACAAUUUAUAAGGGUUUGGGUUUAGACUAUGAAGAAAGAGUCCUGCCUUCGAUCGGUAACGAAGUACUUAAGGCUAUCGUUGCUCAGUUUGAUGCCGCUGAAUUAAUCACCCAAAGAGAGGUUGUCUCUAGUCGUAUACGCGAUGAUCUUCUCAAAAGAGCCGAUGAGUUUAACAUCAAAUUGGAGGACGUCUCAAUCACUCAUAUGACUUUCGGUAAAGAGUUCACAAAGGCUGUCGAACAGAAGCAAAUUGCUCAGCAAGAAGCUGAAAGGGCUAGAUUUGUUGUUGAGAAAUCUGAUCAGGAGAGAAAAGCUAACAUUAUCAGGAGUGAAGGUGAAGCUGAAGCUGCGUCGACUGUUUCCAAAGCUAUGGAUAAGUAUGGUGAGGCUAUACUCACUCUUAGAAGAAUUGAAGCUUCAAAGGAUAUCGCUACUAGAUUGUCCAACGGCACAAAUCAAAAUGUUACUUUCCUUCCUUCUGGAAAUGGUGGUGGUAAUGGUAUACUACUUAAUGUUCCAGCUGGGGAGAAUAGCCGUGUUUAA